UAAAAAAGGGAUAAUUUAAACAGGAUUUAACUGUUAAUUAAUCCAUUCAAUCAAUUGUGAUUAUUUGAUUAUGAAUUUAACUAAGAAAUUAUGGAAAAUCAAUCCUAUUCCAAUUGUCAUCAACAUGAUUAUUAUUUCAUUUUUAAACAUAAUAAGAUCCAAUGGUCAAUCUUUUGACUAUCCAUCACAUUCAAUUUACGGUGGUUGCAAUCGGAGUUUUGCUGUUAACAAUCCUAUUUCAGUCUAUUUGGUUCAUAAUCAAAACGACGCAAUUAGAUAUAAUUGUUCAUUCUCGUUAAAUGUCACUCCAGGACUGAGAACUUACUUAGCUCCAUAUACAUUGGAAAUGACAAAUAUGCAAUUUAUUGUAUCCGAGUACGAAAACGUCGGUUUGUAUUAUGUAUUCGAUCGUGAACCUUAUCAAACAGUAAGCAUCGGUGGCAAUUCCUUCCGGCACUCACCAAUAUACCUCUGGUUUCUUCUUCUCGAUAAUAGUCUUCCUGGUACAAUAACAGCCAAUAUAUCGAUGACUCACAUGGAGCAUAGCAUAGAUGCGAGCCGUUGUACCAUUACCUCAGGUAAAUUCUAUUGUGGAGAUGGUCAAUGUUUAGAUCAAAGAUUUCGUUGUGAUGGUAGAGUAAAUUGUUUUGGGGGUAAAGAUGAAGAAGAUUGUCCACACAAUCAAUCCGGUCAACCCUGGUUGCUGAUUCUAUUAUCCAUUUCGACGGUGAUCAUGUUCCUGAUUAUUUCUUCGGCUCUACUUUGGUUUGGAUGGACCAAAAUAAUGAUUACGAGGACCACUAGUACGAGGAUUACGAGGAUUAGUGACCACAACGUGGUCCAGUAAAAUUCUGGAUUUGUAAUCUCACCAUUGGCAAUAUGAAUGAAUCUAUCGAAUCAAGUGAUUGAUUGUUCUAAGAAUAAAGUUGAUUUCUGAUUGUUUCAUGUUACAAUCAAUUUGAA